UGGGGCCGUCGACUUUUUGCCUGUCAUCUGUCAUCCCCUCCACAACACAUCAACAUGUCGAACCCGGAGCUCGCAUCUAAGAAGAGAAAGAGAAAGCACGGCGCUGCUAAGCCCGCCGACGCACCCGCNCCCGUCGUCACCAAAGAGACCAUCGUCGUCCAGCAUGCUGAAGUGAAGCCCCGCAAGAAGACCAAGACGGCAGAAGCAAGAGCAAAGGAUGUCGAGAAGGAGGAGGAGGAUGUGAAUGAAGAGUUGCGCGAGGCCGCAGCAGAGUCUGCAGUUGCCAACGUCAGCGACGAGGCAGCCUCUGACGACGAGGACGAGGCAGAAGAGAACAUGGAUGAUGCAGAGGAAGACAAGCAGGACAUUGGCGAGCCUUCAGAUCUACCCUCGGCGCUUGGAGUCUCGCUGCCUGGACAGGAUGCGCUGCCCGAAAAGUUCACCGACAUCAACCUUUCUGAGAAGACGCUCAAGGCGCUCGCCGACAUGAAGUUUGAGAAUAUGACCGAGAUUCAAGCAAGAGGUAUCCCGCCGCUUCUUGCCGGAAAGGAUGUGCUGGGUGCUGCAAAGACUGGUUCGGGCAAGACUCUGGCUUUCCUGAUUCCCGCCAUCGAGAUGCUGCACUCACUCAAGUUCAAGCCCAGAAACGGAACCGGUGUCAUUGUCGUCUCUCCCACCCGUGAACUCGCUCUCCAGAUCUUUGGUGUUGCCCGUGAACUCAUGGCGCACCACUCGCAAACAUUCGGUAUCGUCAUUGGAGGAGCGAACCGCCGCGCCGAGGCCGAGAAGCUGGUCAAGGGUGUCAAUUUGCUCAUUGCUACACCCGGACGUCUGCUUGAUCACCUGCAAAACACCCAGGGCUUUGUCUACAAGAACAUCAAGGCGCUGAUCAUCGACGAAGCCGACCGUAUCCUCGAAGUUGGUUUCGAAGACGAAAUGCGCCAGAUCAUCAAGAUUCUGCCCAAGGACGAGAGACAGACGAUGCUUUUCUCGGCCACCCAGACGACAAAGGUCGAGGAUCUUGCCAGAAUCUCGCUGCGACCUGGUCCUCUCUACAUCAACGUCGACCACAGGAAAGAGCACAGUACCGUCGAGGGCUUGGAGCAGGGCUUCAUCGUCUGCCAGCCCGACAUGCGUUUCCGUCUGCUAUUCACUUUCCUCAAGAAACACCCCAAGAAGAAGAUCAUCGUCUUCUUCUCGUCAUGCAACUGUGUCAAGUACUACGCCGAACUGCUCAACUACAUCGACCUGCCCGUCCUGGAUCUCCACGGCAAGCAAAAGCAACAGAAGCGCACCAACACUUUCUUCGAAUUCUGCAAUGCCAAGCAGGGCACUCUGAUCUGUACUGAUGUUGCAGCCCGUGGUCUUGAUAUCCCUGCCGUUGACUGGAUCGUGCAAUUCGACCCUCCGGAUGACCCAAGAGAUUACAUUCACCGUGUCGGUCGUACCGCCAGAGGCGCCAACACCAAGGGCAAGAGUUUGAUGUUCUUGCAGCCCAACGAAGUCGGUUUCCUGAAGCACCUCGAGGAGGCUCGUGUGCCUCUGACCGAGUUUGAGAUGCCCGAGAAGAAGGUGCUGAACAUCCAGAGCCAGCUGGAGAUGCUGAUUGGCAAAAACUACUACUUGAACAAGGUAAGAUCUAUUUGUGUUCUGAUGUUGAUGAGUAUAGUGCUAACAUUGAACUUCUACAGNUCGGCCAAGGAUGGUUACCGCUCAUAUCUCCAGGCAUAUGCAUCGCACUCUCUGCGCUCAGUCUUCAAUGUCAACGAACUCGAUCUCGUCAAGGUGGCUAAGAGUUUCGGUUUUAACACACCGCCGCGUGUGGACAUGCAGUUGGGAUCAAGCAUGAAGAUGGACAAGAAGCAAGGUGCUCGUCGCGCAUACGGCAGUCAACCAAGACAAGGUGGAAACUACAAGCGCCAACGCCAGGACUAG